CGGGGCUCGUUUUAUUCCUCCGCGCCGCCAGGGGAGCGCUGCCAGGCGGCACUUCUCCCUCUCGGCACGCGCUUGCGCGGUGAUUCAAACUCGAUGGCGGCCGGGGCGGCUCGGGACUGAGGGGAAGCGACCCCCGCCCGCCUCUCGCCCGCCCGCCGCUGCCUCGGCACGAUGUCCUCGAAGGGCAGCGGCACGGCGGCGGGCGGACAAACGCCUACAGUUAAGCGGAAAGGAGGAAGAAUCGUGCAGUCUCGCUACCUGCAGUUCGAUAAGAAAGACAGCAAGAAGGUGCCGAGAGUGCCGAGCUCAGGCGUCUCUCAGCGAGUGACAGAAAAGGAUGCUUCGUCAAGGUCCUCUUCAUCGAAUACUUCUCUGCCGUCUUCUAGAACUAAAGCAAGAUCAGUUCUCUCUGAGAAGCACAAAAUUUGUGCUGGUGUUGACCACAGCUCAUUAAAUCAAAGUGGUUUUGAGAAGAGUGACUUGCAGUCCACUUUAUUAGAUGAAGGAAAAAUGAAGCUACCAGACCUUGAUAUUUCUGCUAUUAAUGAUAAAAGUGACCCCAAGAAGAGUUCUGAUUCAGAAUCUGCUUCGAAAGGAGAUUCAAAGACAACAAAAACAAGCAAAGUCGCUGAUGGGGAAACUGAGUCUCAUAAUCUGAUGGAAGAGCUGGAAUCUGAGACACUUCUUUUAACUUUCCUAAGAAUUAAGACAGAAAAGAAGGUCGCCAAGUUGGAGGAAAAAGCAGAAGAGAACUUGCUAAGGUUGUGUGAAGAAAAGCAGAGACAACAGAGGCAGCUCUGGGAGCUGAAACGUGAAAUUCUGCUCAAGGAGAGAGAGGAGAAGCUCAAUGAAACAUUAGACAAACAGAUAGAAGUGCUGGCUCCCCUCGUUGCUGCCUGUGAACAGUUUAAAGAACAGUACAAAAACUUUGCAGCUUCCCUGGAUGCUACGAGACACGAAUUACCCAUAAAGAACAUUCACAUAGAAGGAGAUAAGCAAGCCUACCUUGAUGAACUAGAAAAGCAAUUAACAAUAACACAGAAGCUUCUGACAGAAGUUACGCCAAACCACUCAGGGGAUAGUGCAAAAGCACUUGGUGCACUGAAAGAGCUUAAAGAAGUGUCUCAACAACUGAGUGAAGGGCUUCAAAGGAGCUUCACAGAUGUGAAGAACCUGUCGUUUGAAGUCAGUAAAGAAGUUUCUCUGCAUAACCAAUACUUGUGUGAAGAGAAUCACGGAGUAGAUGUUGUGAAACACUGGUAUUUCAACUGAGUUUCUGCAUUGUUUUGCUGCUGGGUAGGUACUAACCCAAAGCCAGCAGAUGUGUUUUCCUUUUACUUCUUGUGUGGACAUGCAACUUGCCCAGUUUUUCAGUGGAGCCAGCAGCAGGGGUGCUCACUGAUACAGGAAUUGGAGAGUUGUUCUGCAGGCUGUCCCACAGGGAGUCAUCGCCGCUCGAGGAUUUAAUGGGGAUUUCUGUGACAGGUUUUCUGUCCCUUUCUGCCUUGACAGCACUGAAAGGUAAAUGAUAAAAAAAUGCUGUUCCUGGCAAAUCUGAUCUGUGUGGUCAUCUACGGCCUGAGCAGUGGUUGCUCACUGAACUUCUGCAGGACCUCUGAUUUGCCCAUAUUUCUGGAUGUGCUUGGUGGGUACAAAGCACUUGCUUGGAAAGAGCGUGGUCACUUCUAACAAGUGAGAAGUUUUGGUAACUGGUUGCCUGAUUGCCUUGUAAAUAAAUUAUUGAAAUCGCAAAUGCUUUUGUAUAAACCUGACUCCUCUUUAAGGAUAUUCUUUUUAAUAAUAAAGACUAUUUUCCAUUGCUCUAUGA